AUGAACAAGAUGAGAUUCAGAGCGAGAUGGAUGUGGUGGAUGGAGGCAACUAUAUUCACAAGUCAUAUGUCUGUUCUCGUGAACGGGAGCCCUUCAAAAGAAUUUGCAGUUGAAAUAGGUCUUCGCCAAGGAGAUCCAAUCUCUCCUUUUCUGUUUGUUAUUGUUACCGAAGCUCUAGCAGUAUUGGUUAGGAAAGCUUCCGAAAUUGGCGAUUUUUCUGUUUUUCAGGUUAAGGAAGCUUGCUCGGUUGACUUACUUCAGUUUGCCGACGAUGCCCUUUUAAUAGGUAAUGGAGGAUGGCAACACGUUUGGUCUCUUAAGACGAUCCACAGAGGAUUCGAGUUGAUAUCGGGGCUUGGAGUUAAUUUUUUUCAAGAGUAA